UGCUUCAGUUUCCAAAGGAGAGGAACAUUAAGAUGGGUGGCAAUUGAAGUUGUAGAAUCAAAGAACAAAGUCUAUUGUGAUCAAGUGUGCUAGGGUCAAGGGAAGUCCCUCCUGAGUGAGCAACAACAUCUACGCACCCCAGCGUCUAUGGGCCUUGACAUCCACCAGGACCCAACACUUACAAGGGCCCAACAUCAGUGCCCUCUACCUGAUCCUGGACAUUUGUGCCCAUAAGCAACAGGAAGACCACAGUUUGGCUCCAGAGGUCCAUCUCCAGCACGGAGAAGUUAGCAAUCAGAGCCUCCACCCAGCUCAAGAACAAAAAACCCUGCAGAAGAGGACCAUCUGCCCACCUGCUGAAGAAUCCUGGGAAACAGGAGACCUGCACGUGUCUUAAGGGGCCUUGCAGCAGUCCCUCAAAAGCUGUCUUGAUGAAAGAUAACCGUGAAUAGCCAGUUUCUGUUACUGAAUUGCACACCCCACAGCAGCUCCACAAUGAGCAUGUUUAACACUGCCAUGGGGAAACUGCAGCAACAACUGUACAAAGGGGAAUACACUAUGUUUAGCUAUACACCGAUGUUUGAGAGUGACUUCAUCCAGAUCAACAAAAGAGGAGAAAUGAUUGAUGUGCACAACCGCGCCCAAACGCUGACUCUGGGCGUUGUUCGCACCAGCCCCUGCCUUGCGCUACCUGAUGUCAUGCUGCUGGCCCGGCCAGCUCCUAUCGAUGAACACGCUGGAGGCAAACAGGAAAGAGUCAUCAAGCCUGCACAGGCCUUAGAGCUAACCAGGCUGCUUCCCUUGAAGUUUGUAAAGAUAACCAUCCACAACAGUAACAAAAAACAGCUCCGCCUGAAGCUUGCCACUGGCCACUCUUUUUACCUCCAGUUGAGUCCUCCUGCAGACACAACGGAGGAUCUUUUUGCUCACUGGGAGAAUCUUGUUCACAUUCUGAGACCAGCAGUGGAUGCUCACAGCCAUACACAGGAGGACACAGCUGACAACACAUUGACUGUGCCUGAGCCUAAGGAAGAGGACACAAGCCCAGAGGCACAUGCUAUGAAGUUUCAUGGAGGGAACACCAGGAGCUUUCAAACUAAUCUUGAAGAUUUGGAGUCCACCCAUAAUGGUUCUACUAAGGAGGAAUGAAUCCAAGAAGCCUUCUGUGUACACUGCAUUCAAGACUUUACAUUCUUCUCCAAUUACAAAACAUGAAUGAGGGAAAGGGAUAGCAACAGGAAUGAUGGUUAACAAAAAGAACCACUACAGGUGCCAUGAAUGUAGCUGCUACCAACGCUGCAGACUCAGGAAACAUACAGCACUGGCAAAAGCAGACUUCAUAUUUUCAGGGAGGAGCACAGUCAGUGUACCCACAACAGGUGCUUCCACCAUGUCUUAAUAUUGCCAUAGUGAGGGCUACAAGUACAUCCUAAUUCUCAAAUGAUGCUUCAGCCAUAUCAGGAAGAGCUUCUGGCCUCUCUCCCCAGGACAGCAUGAGUGUGGCAAUUGCAGGAUCAGAGACUAUUGGCAAGCCUGUUGCAAAAACAGCUAAAGGUUCAGUACAGAGACAACAUAUCUCAACCUUGUAGAGUGGAGGCUAUAUCAGUGGAUGGGACAGAAGGUAGAAGGUGUCCAUUCAGUAGGAUUAACUUUUGAGUAAAUAGCCUCAAAGCUCUGUGGCACAUAUGGUGCAGAGAUAAAUAAAUCAUGAAAGACUGUGGGGAAAUGCAGUAUCAUUCACCCAAAUACAACUGAUCAACUAGAAUUCUUUGUUCUAAUGACAUUCUCUACUAACAGGAAGGGUAGCAAAAAACUAGUGGCAAUCUAGCAACAGGCUCUGAACCAUCUUCAACUUUCCCUUAAUUUGAUAUUUGUGAUUAAAUUAAUAAAUAAUGAAAUGUUGGCAGUUAUUCUCAAAGAUGUGAUCCCAAAUUAUAGCCAAAGAGGAUUCUUCUAAAACUUCCAAAAUUGAGCAUAUAGCCAGCAACAAAAGCAACUAGCAGGAAUCAGAAAAAUGUAAACAAAGUCAGGAAAGCAGCAUGAUACAGCUUUUAAAAUCCAAGCUUGAAUCAUA